AUGACAAGGAAGAUCUUCACCAACACCAGGGAGAGAUGGAGGCAGCAAAACGUCAACAGCGCUUUCGCCAAGCUGAGAAAACUCAUUCCCACCCACCCUCCGGACAAAAAGCUGAGCAAGAACGAGACGCUCCGCUUAGCUAUGAGAUACAUCAACUUCCUCGUGAAGGUGCUGGGGGAGCCGGGCCUGCAGCAGGCCGGGGUGGCCGCGCGGGGCGGCAUCAUGGGCCUCUUCCAGCAGGCCCCGCACCUGCAAAGCGUGGGGCAGCUGGUGGAAAACUGUGGUGUCCCAUCACCCGGCACGAGCAGCACCAUCGCGGAGCGCUGGUCACAGGCACCGUCUCCUUAG